GUGGCGAAUGCUCAUUCGCUCUUGAAUAGUAAAAUACGUAACAGACCGGAUCCCGGUUCAACACUACAACCGACCGGUCCUCAACCCGAUUAUUCAAUCUUUUCAGUUCUCCCCCCAUGGCAAAAACUCACAAUUUGAGUUCGCGGAUCGCAUUUGAGUAAGCAAAUUAGGGUUUGAUUGCCCCAAUUUCGGCUUUGAAGCUUUACUCCAGCUGAAGGUCUUUUGUUUAAGCGGGGUCCAAUGUCUGAUCAAAUGGAGUCUGAAAUCAAAGCUCUGUUGAGUGAUCUUCACAGUCUCAAGGAUUCUUUGCUUGAUUCCUCUCAGCAGGAGACGAUUGAUAGGAUGCGAUCUCGUCUUGAGCAUCUUUCUACGAUGGAAAGGUUGACAAAUGUACGGCGUUCCAAAAUUAAGGAUAUGAGUGCUGAGGUGGUUGAUAGCAACCCUUACAGUAGACUUAUGGCACUUCAAAGGAUGGGAAUUGUGAACAACUAUGAAAGAAUUCGGGAAUUUUCAGUUGCCAUAGUGGGUAUAGGUGGUGUCGGUAGUGUUGCUGCUGAGAUGCUCACGAGGUGUGGCAUAGGCCGACUUCUGCUGUAUGACUAUGAUAAAGUGGAGUUAGCUAACAUGAAUAGGCUUUUUUUCCGCCCAGAGCAGGCUGGCAUGACUAAGACGGAUGCUGCUGUCCAAACUCUCUCAGACAUAAACCCUGAUGUUGUUCUAGAGAGCUUUACAUUGAAUAUCACAACAGUGCAAGGUUUUGAAACCUUCAUGUCAAGUCUGAAAAAUAAAUCAUUUCGUCCAGAUAAAGAAGGUCUUGGAGUUGAUCUUGUUUUGAGCUGUGUAGAUAAUUAUGAAGCAAGGAUGGUGGUAAAUCAGGCCUGCAAUGAGUUGAGUCAAACAUGGAUGGAGUCUGGCGUAUCUGAGAAUGCAGUUUCUGGUCAUAUACAAUUGCUGGUUCCAGGUGAAACUGCAUGUUUUGCAUGUGCACCUCCCUUGGUUGUAGCAUCAGGAAUCGAUGAACGUACACUGAAGCGCGAAGGGGUUUGUGCAGCAUCGUUGCCAACCACAAUGGGUUACAAUGCUCUCAAAGACUUCUUUCCAACAAUGGAAAUGAAGCCAAACCCACAAUGUUCUAAUGCAGCCUGUUUGGAGAGACAGAAAGACUACAUUCUUGCAAAACCAGCCAGAGAUGCUGCUGCCAAAGCCAAAAUGGUGGCUGAAGAAAUAAUAGAACCUGGGGCCCUCCAUGCAGAUAAUGAAUGGAAUAUAAGUGUUGUCGAUGAUAGUGAUGUACAAGACUCAAAUGGCAGCUCAGGUGCUCUGCCGGAAGGCCUUGUUCACGAGCUUCCAAGUGCAGAUGAGUUUCAAAAGCCACAUGUUUCGGAGGGAACCACCUCAAAUGCCGAUGACCUUGAAGAACUGAGACGGCAGCUUGAAGCCCUCAAUGCCGACUAGUUUUUUUUAUUUUUUUUAUUAAAUUUUCACUGUUAGAACUUAAAGCCCACGUUUUGUUGUCUGAGCACAUCCAUGGACCAUUAUAGAGAAUCCCUUCUGGGGGAUUGAAUAUGCAUUGUAUUUUAUGUACUUUGUGAAUCGUGAUAGAAUUUAAUUUCAAGAACUAUAAUAUAUUACAGCCUUUUAACCUCUUGAACCUG